AUGCCUGACGAACCUAUUAGAGUUCGAAAUAAAGUAAGGACAAUAAGGCAGGACAGAGCAGGUUUGGUAGACGCCGUGUUUUUGGAUUCUAAAAAACCCUUGGAUACAGUGUCUCGCAAGAGAUUACUGCUAACAGUUCGAAAGCAGCAACAACAACACAAGGUGAAGCUGCAACAGCAACACAAGGUGAAGCUGCAACAGCAACACAAGGUGAAGCUGCAACAGCAACACAAGGUGAAGCUGCAACAGCAACACAAGGUGAAGCUGCAACAGCAACACAAGGUGAAGCUGCAACAGCAACACAAGGUGAAGCUGCAACAGCAACACAAGGUGAAGCUGCAACAGCAACACAAGGUGAAGCUGCAACAGCAACACAAGGUGAAGCUGCAACAGCAACACAAGGUGAAGCUGCAACAGCAACACAAGGUGAAGCUGCAACAGCAUCACAAGGUGAAGCUGCAACAGCAACACAAGGUGAAGCUGCAACAGCAACACAAGGUGAAGCUGCAACAGCAACACAAGGUGAAGCUGCAACAGCAACACAAGGUGAAGCUGCAACAGCAACACAAGGUGAAGCUGCAACAGCAACACAAGGUGAAGCUGCAACAGCAACACAAGGUGAAGCUGCAACAGCAACACAAGGUGAAGCUGCAACAGCAACACAAGGUGAAGCUGCAACAGCAACACAAGGUGAAGCUGCAACAGCAACACAAGGUGAAGCUGCAACAGCAACACAAGGUGAAGCUGCAACAGCAACACAAGGUGAAGCUGCAACAGCAACACAAGGUGAAGCUGCAACAGCAACACAAGGUGAAGCUGCAACAGCAACACAAGGUGAAGCUGCAACAGCAACACAAGGUGAAGCUGCAACAGCAACACAAGGUGAAGCUGCAACAGCAACACAAGGUGAAGCUGCAACAGCAACACAAGGAGACUGUCUCAGCUAGUCAGCGGGACCAGGAGACUGUCUCAGCUAGUCAGCGGGACCAGGAGACUGUCUCAGCUAGUCAGCGGGACCAGGAGACUGUCUCAGCUAGUCAGCGGGACCAGGAGACUGUCUCAGCUAGUCAGCGGGACCAGGAGACUGUCUCAGCUAGUCAGCGGGACCAGGAGACUGUCUCAGCUAGUCAGCGGGACCAGGAGACUGUCUCAGCUAGUCAGCGGGACCAGGAGACUGUCUCAGCUAGUCAGCGGGACCAGGAGACUGCUAGUCAGCGGGACCAGGAGACUGUCUCAGCUAGUCAGCGGGACCAGGAGACUGUCUCAGCUAGUCAGCGGGACCAGGAGACUGUCUCAGCUAGUCAGCGGGACCAGGAGACUGUCUCAGCUAGUCAGCGGGACCAGGAGACUGUCUCAGCUAGUCAGCGGGACCAGGAGACUGUCUCAGCUAGUCAGCGGGACCAGGAGACUGUCUCAGCUAGUCAGCGGGACCAGGAGACUGUCUCAGCUAGUCAGCGGGACCAGGAGACUGUCUCAGCUAGUCAGCGGGACCAGGAGACUGUCUCAGCUAGUCAGCGGGACCAGGAGACUGUCUCAGCUAGUCAGCGGGACCAGGAGACUGUCUCAGCUAGUCAGCGGGACCAAGAGACUGGCUCAGCGGGACCAGGAGACUGGCUCAGCGGGACCAGGAGACUGUCUCAGCUAGUCAGCGGGACCAGGAGACUGUCUCAGCUAGUCAGCGGGAACACAGUCAAGAGAAAAUACAAUAGCAGGCAAGACAAGCUUCCCCGAGUCGAGAUUCGGUGUCGCGCGACCAAAGAGAGAGGAGGAGGAGGAGGAGGAGGAAGCAGGAAGAGGAAGAAGCAGGAAGAGGAAGUGGGUGAUAAACGGGAAGUACAGGAAGAGGCGUAG